AUGAAUCGAAGAACAAAACCGAAGAAGCUCCGAACGAGAUCAGGAUGCUUCACAUGUCGAGAUCGUCACAUGAAGUGUGACGAGCAGAAGCCGGUUUGUCAGAACUGUAUAAACUCUAGACGAAAGUGCUACCGAGGAAUCCGCCUUAACUUUACCCAAUACACUCUCUACGAUCCCAAAGACUCUCUUAAUAAUAGCCAAAACCCGUCUAGCAGGAAUGAGAGUCAAAAGUUUCGGAUUCUAGAUCAAUCUAUAGCAGUAUCAACGCUAUACGAGGAAGGGCCUGAGCGUUAUAAGGCUUUCAGGAAGUUACACAGGCCGGAAGACUUGAAGGAAGCUGAAUCGAAGUUCAUGGCUGAAUUGCUUCCACAACCUGCUUCUUUAUCUGCUGGAAACUCCAGCAUAUCACCAGGUAGAUUGGUAGCAUCUGAAGGGGUCUUCAAUGCCGCGAGCUCGAGCAAGACUGGCUCUUCGCAGAACUUCUUUGAGUAUCCAUUUAAUCCUACCAACCAAGCUUGUUUCACAUUAAAGGAAAGUAUGUUCAUCGAGAACUAUGAUAUAAAGAAUUAUCUUUUACACCAGCAACAACAACAACUACUGAAUACUGCUGAGCCAAUCAGAGAUUAUGUCAAAACAAUACCGUCAAUACUGGUUUUUCAUAGCCAGACCAAUUUCGAUCCGACUCUAGAGCCUGAUCUUGCGCUAAAUCCGUCAAAUAUGCGAGUGUUUAUCUCUGUCAUUCAAUCUCAGAAUUAUGCUUGGCUAUUGGAUUUGUUUAAUGAAAUAACGGUCUGGAAAUCAGUUGUUCCCAACUAUUGCAUAAAGCUUGUUCAGGCUGCAGAAGCACCUACUGUCACCAAACGCGGUCGUUUGAAGUUGAAGUUUCUUUUCGGUUGUAUCUUGUGUUGCGCUGAUCUGACUCCGUUGGAGAAACUUACGAAUCUUGCUAAGGUGCAACUUGAUCUCUGGCGUGAAUUUCGUACUAAGGAAAUCUCCGUAGCAUCAUUUCCCUCUUUUGAACGACUUCUAUUAUCUGUCGUGUUGAUCUUAUGCAGCGUUAUGCAACACACUAGCAAACCGAGUUUUCAUUACACUCAAGAGCUUGCAGCGAUUCUUGCUAAUCAAGGCAGGAUACUCAAUAAACUAAUUGGAAGGUAUCAGGGUAUAUCUUCUUCGAAAAUCCGAAGAUUGAGCAGUGCUAGUCUUGUGAUCACUUCAUUUCAAGCAAUUACUAUUUUGAGGUUUUUCAUAAAAAAACAACUUCUUCAAAAAGCACCAGUAUCGUUCAUGUCUGCUUUCAAUCCAUUACACAAGAUUGAUUCUCCGUUAGAACAAGUAAUUGAUUACGAUACAAGUGGUCACAACAUCUCCGACUUCUUCGCAAUUACACCAUUUGAACUUGAUCACAUUGUUCUACCUUCUCAAGACAAAGAUUUAAAUCCAAACGGAUCAAGUUCAGACUCCAAAAAGCUUCGUCUAUGCCUUUUGAAACUUGUGCGUCAGGAAUACUUGUCGGAGAACAUUACGAUGGAUGACUUGCCUGAAACUACUAAUUAUGGACAAUCAUCCAUCUUGAUUCCAAAUGACAAAUGUGUCGCGCUUAAUAUUUUGAACUCAUACUUUAUGUCAAAGUUUCACCACAAAGACGAGGGAAAACACACAGCAAAAGCAAGGCUACGACAUAUUUUUGACAUGAUCAGCAAAUCCAUGAUGUCAGAAGAUGUGAAACAAAAGUGGAUCACAUGUUUUGGCUGGACUUUACUGUAG